UCUAGAGUGCAGACUCGCGGACAAAAAUGGCUGAAAGAAAUGUUGUUUCGUUAAUGUGCUGUGGUAGUGCGAUAGAAUAGUGUAAAACAUUUCGCUACUUUUAAUAAAAUAACUCUUGUGUUAAAUUAAACGACAGUGUCGUAUAUAUACCAUUUAUAAUAUAAAAAUGUCUGAAAGUAACAGCCCUAGUGUGUUAAGUUAUCUAAGACAAUACAGGUUUCAGAGAAAACCAAAUGAAUCCUCAGGCUCCGGUAACCAAGUUACAAUUAAGGCUUCUACAUCGAGUUCUCAACCACAAAUAAUAAGGAUGCCAGCUCCAAACCACACUGGCCAACGUCAAAACAAUCCUGUUGUGGUCUACAAGAGGAUCAGGUUACCAGAUUCCGAUUCUGACGAUCCAGCAUCGCCAGCAAAGAAAGCAGCCCUCCAAGUUGAACUUACUCCAGCUAUCAAAGAGAGACGCUUUAGGAACAUGCUAGAAAUGUUUCCAGACAUUUCACCAUUGCUUGUCAAAAACAAAUUAGUCAAACAUGGCUGGAAUGAAGAGCGUUCAAGAGAUGAACUCCUGAAAUAUGACCCUGAGAGUAAUGACAAAGGAUCCUCAUCCACCUUCUUCAGUGCACCAUCUCAUUCAAAAACUAAUGGUAACAUGACCAUGGUGAGAGUGACUAGUGGUCCCAAUAGAUUUAAUGUUGUUGUGAGGAAGCCAGUAGUGUCAAAGGGUGGCAGAGCCAGAAGAGGCAGCAGUGGUAGCGAAGAUGAUGACUAUGGUGUUAGAAAAGGGAAAGAUGAUUUAGUUUAUGACAGUGAUGACUCUGACAAUGAAGUGACAGACGAUUUAAUAGGUGACAAAAAGAAGGUAUUCGAGUUCCUAAACACAAGUAAUAUGAAUGAACUAUCAUUGUUGAGUGGAUGCUCACAAAAGAAAGCAGAGGCUAUAAUGGCACUGAGACCAUUCAAAGGAUGGUUGGAUAUGGUAGAAAAAUUUAAUAGCAACAAAAUGCUGAGCACGGAUCUCUUAAACUCCACUCAAGAGCUACUAACAACCAGGAAUAACAUUCAACGGCUAAUGAAGAAGUGUGUUGGUCUGGCGCAGCAGCUCGAGGCGGCUGUAGCUGCUGGCGCUGGACGUCUCAAACAACCCUCAAUUUUAGAUCCUAGUUUAAAGCUAGCCCCAUACCAGUUGGUGGGACUGAACUGGCUAGCAGUACUGCACAAGCAGGGCGUGUCCGGGAUCCUGGCAGAUGAGAUGGGACUGGGCAAAACGGUUCAAGUGAUAGCCUUUCUUGCCCAUUUGAAGGAGACAGGCCAAGCCAAGGGAACUCAUUUGAUUGUUGUUCCGGCUUCUACUUUAGACAACUGGAGCAGCGAGCUGUCCCGCUGGUGCCCAUCGCUGCGCGUGAGCAAGUACUACGGGCACCCGGACGAGCGGCGGCAGCUGCGGAUCGAGUACGCGCGCGGGCUGCAGGACGUCGACGUCGUGCUCACCACUUACACCAUGGUGAACAGCUGCCCUGAAGAGCGGAAGAUGUUCAGGAUAACUCCGAUGCACUACGUCAUCUACGACGAAGCGCACAUGCUCAAGAACAUGUCCACGCAGCGAUACGAUAAUCUCCUUAAAAUUAAGUCUAAACACCGCCUCCUGCUGACCGGGACUCCGCUGCAGAACAACCUGAUCGAGCUGAUGUCGCUGCUGUGCUUCGUGAUGCCGCACAUGUUCUCCGGGAAGACCGACGACCUGAAGAGCUUGUUCCAGAAGAAUACCAAAUCGAAGACAAAGAAGACGGACGGCGCGAAAGAGGACGACGAGCCGGCCUUCGAGCAGAGCCAGAUAACGCAGGCGAAGCGGAUAAUGAAGCCGUUCGUGCUGCGGCGGCUGAAGCGGGACGUGCUGCAGGACCUGCCCGACAAGACCAACCACACGCAGCUGUGCGCCAUGUCCGCCGCGCAGGGACGCCUCUACAAGGAGCUCAUCAGCGGGUUCGCCGACAAGGACGGAGCGAUCCACGCGACGACAGAGCAGAGCGGCAUGGCCAUGAUGAUGGACAUGAGGAAGCUGUCGAACCACCCGCUCCUGCUGCGCUACCACUACCAGGAGGCGCAGUUGAAGAAGAUAGCGGCGCGUCUCGUCAAGGAGCCGAGCUAUAAAGAGAAGAACGAACACUACGCCUUCCAAGAUCUCCUGUGUCUGUCCGACUUCCAGAUACACCAGUUGGCUUUGCAGUAUUGCAAACAGCACACGAUACCGGAGUCGCUGAUCUUGGACUCUGGAAAGUUCCAAAAGCUGGACGAGAUGCUGCCGAAGCUGAAGGCGGGCGGCCACCGGGUGCUCAUCUUCAGUCAGUUCACGAUGAUGCUGGACAUCCUCGAGCCCUACCUCACCAUCAGGAGGUAUCAGUAUCUGCGCCUGGACGGUAGCACCGCCGUUACGGAGAGACAAGACCUAAUAGACCAGUACAACAACGAGAACAUAUUCGUGUUCCUGCUGUCGACGAAGGCGGGCGGGCUCGGCAUUAACCUCACCGCGGCCGACACCGUCAUCAUCCACGACAUCGACUUCAACCCAUACAACGACAAGCAGGCGGAAGACAGGUGUCAUAGACUGGGCCAGACCCGGCCGGUGACAAUAUACCGGCUGAUCAGCGCCGGGACCAUCGAGGAGGGAAUAUAUCAGGUCGCGCAGGAGAAACUUAAUCUAGAGAAACACGUCACUGGGGAAGACGAGAACGAACCGACGGAGCAGAAGAACGUCGUCCGGCUGCUGUCCGCCGCGCUGGGCCUCACCUCGCCCAACAAAUGAACAGACAGACAACCUCACCGAAUAAAUGUGAUCGUACAUAGUUUACAGACGUAGUGACGAACGUAACGAGAGAAGAUACAAUAUGAAUGUCGCGUGUAUUAAUUUUAUCUAUACUUAAUAUUAUAAGCAUUGAUGGUACAAGACCGCGCGGGAGGCCACCAAUGCGGUGG